AUGCAUAGUCGAAUUGACAAGUGGGCGCUAGCCCUAACUGAGUACUCUUUGGCAUUUAGGCAUUUAAAAGCUAUGAAGGGGAAAAUUGUCUCAGACUUUAUAGUGGACCACGCAAUGGUCGAAAACCCUCAACUCCCAGUAGAGUUGAAACCUUGGAGGUUGUUCUUCGAUGGUUCCACCCAUAAAGAUGGUAGUGGAGUUGGGAUUCUAUUAAUUUCUCCUGAUGGAAUUCCAACAAAACUCAAGUAUAGAAUCGAAGGGCCCUUAUGCUCGAAUAAUGAGGCAGAAUAUGAAGCCCUUAUAGCAGGUCUUGAAGCCUUAUUAGAAUUGGGGGCAACUAGGGUCAAAAUUAAAGGGGAUUCAGAAUUGCACGUCCCCAGAAUUAAAAACCAAGAGGUUAAUGAUUUAGCACAAAAAGCUUCAGGAUAUAGAAUUUCGAAGGAGAAGCUAGAAGAACUUGUCGAAGUAAGAGGAAAAGCAAUGGCCAGCAAAUUAUCUCCGACAGAUUUAGAGAGUAGUCGUUUAGGAUACACUAAUGAAGAGGAAUUUGAAGUGUUAGCCAUUGAUACUUUAGUACAUACGAAUUGGAGAAGUCCAAUUAUUAAGUAUCUUAAAGACCCCUCAUUAAAUACAGAUAGAAAAACCAAGUAUAGAGCUUUGUCUUAUGUUUUAAUGGGAAAUGAACUGUUCAAGAAAACUCCUGAAAGCAUCCUAUUUAAAUGUUUAGGCGAAAACGAGGCACACUUGGCAUUAUCUAGUGUUCAUAGUGGAGCGUGUGGGGCACACCAAUCAGGACAUAAAAUGAAAUGGCUCCUUUUCAGAUAUGGGAUGUAUUGUCCCACCAUGUUAAGGGAUUGUAUAGAGUUUGCUAAAGGUUGUCAAGAAUGUCAAGUACAUGCAGGAAUCCAACACGCUCCUGCGAGUGAGCUUCAUGCAAUUAUCAAACCCUGGCAUUUCAGGGGCUGGGCAUUAGAUUUGAUUGGUGAAAUUCGAACUACUUCAUCUAAAGGUCAAAGGUACAUCCUUUUAGGAAUUGACUAUUUCACCAUGUGGGUCGAAGCAGUGCCUUUGGUGAAUGUGGACCAUGAAACUGUCAUCGAAUUCAUUCAAAGGCAAAUACUAUAUAGGUUUGGAAUCCCAUAG